CUGUAUUUUACCAGCAAGACUAUCGAAUGUCUAAAAAUGGUAGAGUCUGACCAAGAAGCUGCUGGGACAGCUUCGCAUACUUCAGAUAAUGAAUCAAAACUUAAUAAUCAAGCAAAAGAAAAGAAUGCUGCUUUGCCUGCUGAGACGAAAAAUGAAAAGUCUUCAGAUACUUUAGAAAUCGAACAUAAAAACAAUAUUGUUUCCAACGAACAUUCACUAGAUACAAAAUUAAAGAAAACAAAAGAAACAAACAGCGAUGAAGUCGGUAAUGAUGACAACAUUAGGACUGAGGAGGAUCAACCAAAAGCAGAAUUCAAUGGAUCAGUCAAUGGAGAAGACAAUGAGCAGCAUAGCUCUGAAUUAAAUAAAGAAGAAAUUGAAGAUAAUCCGAAUGUAACGUCGAAGAAUGCUGACCCAAAAGGCCCUGUUCCAGAAGAAAAUGAAGACCAAUUUCGGAAUGAGAGAGAAACCGUCGAUACAACCGAAGAGAUUUCCAAAUAUGAAUUUAAAGAAAGCCCCCCGGAGCAGUCUAAUCAACCAGUCAAAACACCGGAAGUAAAUAAUGGCGAAGAAGAGUCUGAAUCACAAAGUGAAGCGGUCAGUAAUUUAACCAGGAAAUCGAUUGCUACCAGUGAUUAUCAGAAACAAUCUACGGAAGCUAAACGAUUACCUUUCCAGAAUUCUGGCAAGCUGAAUCCACAUCUCUUCAUUAUAGACGCCUUUAAGCAAAUGUCCAAAGCUAAAUCUUUAAAGAAACACAAGAAACUUCGCGAGUCCAUUGAAAAUGUGCAAGUUGAAUUGCAAAAGCAGCCCUUUUUGCUUCCCGAGACGAUACUCGAACCACUUGUGAUGGCUUGUGAAACAAAUAGCGCUACAUUGCUAACAAUAACUUUAGAUUGUUUUGCAAAACUAAUUGAUUAUAACUAUUUUGAUUCCCCAGCUAUAAACUCGCCGGAGAUGUCUUUGAUGGAACGAGUUGUAAAUACCAUUGCUUCUUGUUUUUUUGGUGACUCUACCCCUGAAAAAGUUCAACUGCAAAUAGUUAAGGCUUUACUUGCAGCCGUAACUUCUCAGCGUACAUUAAUUCGCCAUUCAUCUUUACUUAUGGCAGUGAGACAAACUUAUAAUAUCUUUCUUUUAUGCAAAAACCCCACCAUUCAAUCUACAGCCCAGGUUGCUAUAAUGCAGAUGGUGGAUUCUGUUUUUAAUCGACUUUCCAAUGUGCUCCAUCAACAGGAAGAAGCCAAUGCAGCGAUUCCCCCUAAAUCCACAGUUGAGCAAACUCUUAUGCCGGAUCCAAAUCCCGUUUUACCCGCUGAUCCCCCUCAAAGUAAACUCACCUUAGAAUCCUUUGAACAACGUAAGAGUUUUGAUCAAGUAAGAGAAGAAGCUCCUUUGGAGGGAGAAACGGUAGAACAGCAAUUAUUAAGGGAUGCCUUUUUAUUGGUCCGUGCUCUUUGUAAAUUGUCAAUUAAGCCCGUGCCUUACGAAAACGACUAUGAUUUGAAAUCACACUCGAUGCGUUCUAAGUUGAUGAGUCUUCACUUAAUUUACCGCAUCCUUUAUAAUCACAUGGACGUUUUCUCUAAUGCCGGGAUUAUGAUCAAGUCUCCAUCAUCUCCUCCUACACCUUUAAUACAUGCUGUAAAGCAGUAUAUAUGUCUUUCUUUAGCAAAGAAUGUUGUCAGUCAUGUUCUUCCUGUUUUUGAAAUUUCGUGCGAGGUCUUUUGGCUUGUACUAUCUGAUUUAAAAAAUGUAAUGAAAGCUGAGUUAGAAGUUUUCUUUACGGAAAUAUUUUUUCCAAUUCUUGAAAUGAGGUCUUCCAGUAAUCAACAAAAGAUUGUUCUGUUAAAUGUUUUUCAUCGAAUUUGUAAGGAACCGCGAACCCUUAUCGAACUAUAUUUAAAUUACGACUGUAUUAGUGGAAAUACAGAAAACGUAUAUGAGCGUAUCAUCGUCACCCUAGCGAGGAUUGCAAGCCAGAAAACUGUUGAGCCUCCUUCUGGAUUUUCUUUUAAACCUGAGCAUGCUGUUACUGACAGGGUCGGAUUUGUGUAUAAUGACUUGAAGGAUCUUCCACAAUUAAGUGUUUCUUUUAUAGGUAAUUAUUCCCAUCUCCACGAUCCGCCUUUCUUUGAUUAUCAAAUUAAGCUGAAGUCAUACAAGUGCCUUAAUUCUGCACUUUCUUCGUUAUACAGCUGGUGCAACCAAAAUUUUGAUUCAAGUGAUUCUUCAGCUCAUGAUAAUUUAGAUAAUUCUACGAGCAACAAGCUAGAUGAGAGUCAAAGAAGCGUCUCCGAUAUCUCUUCUAUUCGAAAUAACGAUGCCUCAACCGACAAUAUCGAUACAUCAACAACUUUAGCUCUUGAUGACCCUUCCCAAUUUGAAAGCUUGAAGCAUCAUAAGAAACUAUUACAAGAAGGAAUUCAAAAGUUUAAUUACAAACCAAAGCAGGGAAUGAGAUUUUUACUUUCGCGACAUAUGAUUGAAUCUGACUCUGCGAGUGAUAUAGCUAGUUUCUUACUAGAUACCGAAGGUUUAAACAAAGCUGCCAUUGGUGAAUUUUUGGGAGAGGGCAAUGAGGAGAACGUUGCUAUCAUGCAUGCAUUUGUGGAUAAAAUGAGCUUCAAAGAUGUAGGAUUUGUGAAUGCUCUUCGUUCGUUUCUUCAAAGAUUCCGCCUUCCUGGGGAAGCACAAAAAAUAGAUCGCUUUAUGUUGAAGUUUGCCGAAAAAUAUGUUGAUGAUAACUUGGGUGCUUUCAGGAAUGCUGAUACUGCUUAUGUCUUGGCUUAUUCAAUUAUUAUGCUGAACACAGACCAACAUUCUCCGCAAGUUAAACAGCGCAUGACCUGUCAAGAUUUUAUUCGAAACAAUAGAGGUGUCGAUGAUGGCGGAAACUUAAGUGAUGAUUUUUUAGCCGACGUGUAUGAUGAUAUUCAAAAAAAUGAAAUUAUAAUGAAAGACGAACAGGGAGCGUCUAUCUAUAAUGAUUUCCCUACUCAUGCUAGCCUCGGUUUUGCUGCAAACAUAAGUAAUGCUUUGGCUACUGUCGGCAGAGAUUUACAAAGGGAGGCUUACUACGUGGCUUCAAAUGAGAUGGCUAAUAAAACUGAAGCACUAUUUAGAGAUUUGUUAAAAGAACAAAAACAGAAAGGUAAGCUUACAGCUAAUGAUAUUUAUUAUACUGCAAGACAUUUCGAACAUGUCGGUCCUAUGUUUGAAGCCGUUUGGAUGCCUAUAUUGGCCGCAUUUUCUGAAUCUUUACAGUUGUCUUCGGAUACUACAUUAAUCCAAUUAUCACUUGGAGGAUUCAGACUUGCGGUAGAUAUUAUUUGCUUCUUCUCGAUGGAUUUACCCAGGAAUGCUUUUAUACAAACUCUUACAAAGUUCACUCAUCUCAAUAAUAUUUCAGAGCUCCAGCGAACAAAUAUGGAUGCUUUGCGGGCUUUACUUGAUAUUUCUUUAACUCAUGGCAAUCAGUUGAAAGACUCUUGGAAGGAUAUUCUCCUUUGUAUUAGUCAACUCGAACGAGUUCAGCUAAUAACAGCUGGUGUUGACAAAAAUUCAAUACCUGAUAUUAAUUCAGCAAAAUUGAUGCGUCACUCUGUUGAUAAGGAACACCGUUCAUCCCGAAGUGGGAGUGUUUCUUAUAGAUCAACUUCGACUACUUCUGCUAAACCGCCUUCCCUGGAAAUUGCCAAGGAAUACAGUUCUCGUGAAGUAGUAAUGGCUGUCGAUAAGGUGUUUUCAAAUACACGGACUUUGGGCAGUGAAGGUAUUUAUGAUUUCGUAAAAGCCCUUAUUGAAGUCUCAUGGGAAGAAAUAGAAUGUUCGUUAGAACUGGCGACUCCCAGACUUUUUAGUUUACAAAAGCUUGUGGAAAUAUCCUAUUACAACAUGGGCCGUAUUCGUAUGGAGUGGUCUAGCAUUUGGUCAUUGCUAGGAAAUUACUUUACUCAAGUAAGUUCUCACGAAAAUUCGGUAAUUGCAUCAUUUGCUUUAGACUCACUUCGGCAAUUUUCUAUGCAAUUUUUGGAAAUUGAGGAACUUUCUCAUUUCAAGUUUCAGAAGGACUUUUUACAGCCAUUCAAGCAUGCGAUGGAUUGUCAGGAUGUAAAAAUAAAUGACCUUGUCUUACGUUGCGUUGAUCAGAUGGUCAAGGCUCGCUUUCAAAAUAUAAAAUCCGGAUGGGGACCUAUAUUUCAAAUAUUGACCUCGGCCAGCAAAAUCCAUAAUGUUUCCAUUUUACAAUAUGCGCUAUCUAUUAUAUCUACUAUAUACAAUGACCAUUCAAGAUGCAUAUUCUUACAAGGUGCUUACUCUGAAAUGGUAAUGUGUCUUUCUAAAUUUUCUCAACUGAAUGGUAAUCAAAAGUUCUGCUUAGUUAGCCUUGACAUGCUGAAAAAUCUCGAGGGACACGUUGUAGAGUACUGUGAAAGUGAGAACCUGCUUGCGUUUUCUUCAAAAUCUGAGAAGCUUUACUGGUAUACUUUACUACUCGCGUAUAAGGACGUUAUUAAGGAAGCGCCGGAUUUAGAAGUGCGCUCGAGAGCCGUCAAGCUUUUAUUCAACUGUCUGGAUCGACGUGUAGUUGAUUUCGAUACUGAUUUUCUAAAUAAGUUAUCUUUGGAUAUUGUUUUAUCCAUAUUUUCCAUCCUUUCUAUUUCAAAUUUCCAAAGGCUAUAUUUGGCGAAAAAUACUGAGGAAACAGAUGUAUGGAUUCUUACUACAAUGGUAGAAGCCCUGCGAGCUUUUAUUGAAGUUUUCACGAGGCAUAUGGAAAAGCUUCGUAGUUUACUGCCAAACGUCCUUUCCUUGCUUCAGAAAUGUAUAUGCCAGGAAAAUAAUAUGCUAUCCAAGGUUGGAAUUAGCUGUUGCGUACAACUGAUCCAGAAAAAUCGAAAACAGUUUAACGGGUCUGAUUGGGAUGAGGUUAUACACUGUAUCGAUGAAUUAUUGAAGCGCACUUUGCCCAUUGAGCUCCAAGAUCAUUCUUUGUACCCGCAAACAGGUACUGAGCCAACCGAUGAAGAAGUAGAGUCAGCUUCUAUCUUUUCUUUCGAAUCCAGCAAUUUGACCAAACAAGGCAAAUCGAAAAAACAACAAUUAAAGAACAUUGUUGUUAAGUGUACUUUGCAGUUGUUAAUGAUAAACUGUUUGUGGGAACUUACGCACUUUGACAACAUUCUUUCAGACAUACCAAAGGAAAAAGCUUUGAUACUUUUAGACCUGCUAAGUGAGUCGUGGAAGUUUGCAGAGUCGUUCAAUUCGGAUAUUGAAAUUCGUGCAAAGAUCCUGUCAUCUGGAAUAGUGGACCAUAUGCCUAAUCUUCUAAGCCAAGAAGCCUCUUGUGCAAAGUUGUUUUUAUUUAUAAGCUUCCAAAGUAUUGCUUCUCUGAGAAGAUAUGGUGAUAACGAACCCGACUUUGAGAAGUUUAGUAAUGCCUUCCAACAGAAGAUUUCAGAUGCUUCCAAGUUAAUUAUACGAGGAUUUCAGAGAGUUAUUUUUGAUAAUCCUGUUAAGGGUGUUGCUGCUUUUCAACCCGUCAUUACCGGUCUGGUCGAGUAUAUAAUUUCUUUAGAAGAUACUCAGUUCAUGCGAGGACGCAAGGAAUUUUACGAACUUUUCUGUGAUAUCCUUGCUUGCGGGCAUAUAGAUAGAGCAUUAGGGUCUUCAAUGAGUAAGUUCUUCAAGCGUUAUGCUGCUUUUCAACCCUAAGGAUCCAUAAUUUGUCACAAGAUAUCCGAUCUAAUGAUUUUACGUUACGAUUCUCUAAUAAUUCCUCACGAAUUUAUCUAUAGUGAUUAUAAAUUAACUAGUGUAAAUACUAUAACCUUUCUGCUGGACUAUUUGCUUGUUGAUAUUACAAUGUUUGACUCAUAUACCGAGUUCUCAAAAAAAAGAAUAAACCAUAUCAAGAAAGGAAAAUAGCUAACUCAUUAUCAUCUUAUUUACAAUAGCGUUCUGAUUUCUUUUCUUCCUGUC